AUGUCUUUCAGAGGGAGACGACCUUCAUUAAAUAUUAAUUCUCCGGGAGAAGACGCCUCUCAGCGCUACUGGGACUCGUUUUCGCGGAGACAGACCAUUUGUUAUAUGGGUAACGUUGAUCUCGACGGAGUUGAGGAUGUAUUUGAAGAGGAUGAAGACGGACCGCCACCGAUUAAGCUCGGCAUCUGUGCCAUGGCGAAGAAGACCAAAUCGAAGCCGAUGGGAGAGAUAAUCCAGCGAAUGCUUCUUUUUGGCUUCGUCAAGAUUGAGAUUUUCGAUGAAAAUCAAAUCCUAAACGAUCCAGUAGAAGAAUGGCCUCUCUGUGAUGUCUUGAUUUCCUUUCAUUCGAAAGGAUUUCCGUUGGAAAAAGCAAUCGAAUACGCGAAAAUGCGGAACUGCAUCUGCAUCAAUGACCUAGAGAAGCAGUGGGAUAUCCAGGACCGCGUAAAAGUCUACCAGACGCUGAAAGAAGCCGGAAUCGAAACACCACGAUACAUUGUCUGUGAUAGAUCAGAUUGCGAGAACCUCCCUGAAUUCGAAGAACACGACGACUACAUUGAAAUUAACGGCGAGGUCUUUCAAAAGCCAUUCGUCGAGAAACCAGUUUCGGCGGAGAACCACCGCAUAAAUAUUUACUACCCAAGCUCGGCGGGUGGCGGGCAUCAGAAACUCUUCAGAAAAGUGCUCAACCGUUCGAGCGAGUAUUGUACGGACUCGGCAGUGCGAAAAGAAGGCUCGUAUAUUUAUGAAGAUUUUAUGCCGACAGAUGGAACUGACGUGAAAGUGUACACUGUUGGACCAGAUUAUGCUCACGCAGAAGCUCGAAAAUCGCCAGCGCUAGACGGAAAAGUCGAGCGAGACAAAGAGGGAAAAGAAAUCCGUUACCCCGUCAUCUUAUCGGCGAAAGAGAAAGCAAUCGCCAGGCAAGUAUGCCUCGCCUUCAAGCAAACCGUUUGCGGGUUUGAUCUCCUUCGUGCCAAUGGAAAAUCGUACGUUUGCGAUGUGAACGGAUUCAGUUUUGUCAAAACUUCUCAGAAAUACUACGAUGAUUGCGCAAAGAUGCUUGGUAAUAUUAUUCUCCGGGAAAAAGCACCCGACUGGUUGAAUAUUCCAAGAGGUCUUCAUCCGGAGCUUCCUGAAAUCGUGCAAGCAGGAAUGACUCCAAGUGCUUCUACAAUGCUUGAGCUUCGUUGCGUCGUAGCCGUCAUCCGACACGGCGAUAGAACUCCGAAGCAGAAGAUGAAGAUGGAGGUUUCGCACCCGGAGUUUUUCAAUAUUUUUAAAAAGUACAACGGACCGACUUUGGGGAAAAUCAAACUCAAGAAGCCAAAAGAACUGCAGCAAAUUUUGGACGUAGCACGAACCCUCCUAAGUGAGCUUCAAUCAGGAGAGCAUACUGAGCCAAUCAAGGAGAAAAUGACGAAAUUGGAGCAAUUAAAAGUUGUGCUGGAGAUGUACGGUCACUUUUCGGGAAUAAACAGAAAGAUCCAGCUCAAGUCUCUUGGAAAGAAGCAACCAGGAGCGCUGCAGUUAAUUCUCAAGUGGGGAGGAGAACUCACUCCAGCAGGAAAAGUCCAGGCUGAGCAACUUGGUCGCGCUUUUAGAUGCAUGUACCCUGGUGGCCAAGGUGAUUACGCUGGCUUCCCCGGCUGCGGGCUUCUCAGACUUCAUUCGACAUAUCGUCACGAUCUGAAAAUUUACGCUUCGGAUGAAGGUCGAGUUCAAAUGACAGCAGCUGCUUUUGCCAAGGGUCUUCUUGCCCUAGAAGGAGAGCUAGCUCCAAUUCUUGUGCAAAUGGUCAAGUCUGCUAAUACGAAUGGUCUGCUGGACAAUGAAUCGGACGAGCUUCACAAAUAUUCCGGAGAGGUGAAAAAGCGACUCCACGACAUGCUCCGAUCAACGGAUACUCCAAGUACAGACGAGUUCAUCAACCGGAUGAUUCCGACAAAUUCGAUUUCGAUGAAGAACUCGCUUUCAAAAAUACCCGAAAAUCCACUAGCUUGGCUUCAUAAGCUCCACGGACUUGUGGAAAACCUCAUUGUCUACAUCGAAGAACUCAGCGAAGAGCACGAAACUUCCGGAGAAAAGUUGAAACUCUAUCAAAACGAAGACAUCAGUUUGAUGCUCGAACGAUGGCGCAAACUACAGCGCGAUUUCAAGCAUCAUAAAACUGGCGAAUUCGACGUUUCUAAAAUUCCGGAUAUCUACGACAGCAUCAAGUACGACGCGCAACACAAUACUUGCCUCAAAUCGCCAAUCAUCGAUGAACUUUAUGAGACGUCGAAGAUCGUCGCCGACAUCGUUAUUCCUCAAGAGUAUGGAAUUGAGGAAGAUGAGAAGCUGAACAUUUCACAUGGUUAUUGCGUCCCGCUUCUACGGAAGAUUUUGGCAGAUUUGCGGGCCAAUAUUGACAACCCAGAGGAACAGUUGACAAAGCUCGAUCCCAGUUUUGUCAGUAAUGUUCUUUCCCCAGGCCGUCAUGUCCGAACCAGAUUGUAUUUUACCUCUGAAAGUCACAUCCAUUCGCUGUUAACCUUGAUUCGAUAUGGCGGCUUGUGCAACGUCGAUGAUGAUCAAUGGCAGCGUGCGUUGGAUUACAUCUCCCGUGUAUCCGAGCUCAACUACAUGACUCAAAUUGUCAUCAUGCUGUACGAAGAUCCAACAAAGCCGGCAGAUUCUGACGAGCGAUAUCAUAUUGAGUUGCACUUCAGCCCUGGCGCCAAAUCUCAUAAAGAUGAUGCGAAUUUCCCUGCCGGUGGUGGCUUCCGUCCUGUUUCCAAGCCCAACAGUCGCGAUGAGGUUGAAAGAUACCAUCAGCUUAUUUCUACUGAAGUUAAGAGAGUGAAGAAACUGCGAUCGCAGUCGUUUUCUCGCGACACUCGCAGUCUCUCUAAUAGUCCACAAUUAUUGGUCUCUCCUCCUCGAACAGAAGAAUGCUCUCCAACAGAUCCAUCGAUAGAAGUUCGGCUUCCCGAGCGAGGACUGGAAUCGCGCUCAAGAGAUCUUUGUGGUUCUCCUACGUUCCCGACUGAGCCGGAAGCAAAAAUAGACGCCAACGAACGAAACACGGCCUCGGACGAGGAGCUUGCCGAUAUUCCCAACGAGAAGGUCAGAAGAUUCCUGAAAACAAGCAAGAAAUACAAAUCUGCCCCUCAUCCAUCUUCAAACGAAGAACAGACCAAGGCUUCACCAAUCCACCGCCGAACCGCUGGACUAGAGACAGAUAUGAGUUCGUCCCGUUUUCCAUUAGCCGAAAACAUUCUGAGACUUCGACUCCAAGGGAACGUCGAAGGUCUAUUCAGUUCCAAGGGUGCAAACCAACAGAUUUCCCGAUCAAUUUCAAACGACGAGAAUUUCCAAUUCCAUUUUGUCAGCAGCAACUUAGAACGAGUAGCGCCACUUAGACGGCGAGCGAUCUCGCUUUCCAGACAGAGCCACUCUGUCAGAGAUCCCUUUGCUUCGCAGGUUGUCCACCCUUGCCAAAGUCGAACGAAUUUCCUUUUUCCCUCGGAAAUCCAGGGCAAGUUCGGUUCCCUCCCCAACUUGACGCAAAGCGACGACGAAGACGCCGUGGAGGGAUACAACAGAGUGCCAAAUAUUCGCCCGCUCGAGACGCUUCAUAAUUCGCUGAGUCUUCAGCAGUUUACAACAUUUUCGGAAAAGAUUCUCAAGAUGGAGGGUUUGUCUUCGCAAGUCCCAGAAGAGCGCGAACGAUUCAUUUCCGAAAACUGCUCAUCAGACGCCAACAGCACCCUCCAGAACGCUUCUUAG